AUGCCUUCUGGAAAAUCAACAGGUGGGGCUGUUCCAGCCUUGGCCCAACUUGCUUCUUCCUCGUAUCGUGCAGUGGCCUCAUCGUCCUCGUUGCCUCCAACAUCUGAAGACGAGAAGAUUCACAAGUCCAGAACUUCCUCUACUCUGUAA